CGCUUCCAGCAUGGCCACGGUGCUGUCCCGCGCGCUGAAGCUGCCAGAAAAACGCUGGAGCAGAACUAGUACACCAGCUACUGGUGGUUGGGACUUGACCUCGGGCUCCUCCCUACUGGGAAAAAGAGCCCGGACCUAGGGGAGUAUGACCCUCUCACUCAGGCUGACAGUGAUGAAAGUGAAGAUGACCUUGUACUCAACUUACAGAAGAAUGGGGGAGUCAAGAAUGGGAAGAGUGCCCUGGAAGAAGUGCAGGACCCAGACUCGGACGUGGAGGUUGAGGUGACAAAGCAGCGGCUGUCGGAAAGUGCCCCAGAUGGGUACCCUGCCGAAGCCACUGGCAGUCUGGAGCACAAGGCAGCCUCUUCCCUGAUGCCUUACCUACGCACAGCAGUCUUUUUGCUUACCAUGGUUAUCUCCAUGAUCCUGGUGCUGGUGUGCGCCUUUCUCAUUCCCUGUCCUCCUAGAGAUUUGCAUAAUACCUGGAACCGCAACCUCGGUCAGGAAGCAGGUGGGUUGCUGUUCCCACUGGAGCUCUCGGAUGUGAAUGGUGAUGGGCUCCCGGACAUCCUGCUUUCCUUCACAGGCCUGAUGAAUGCUAGCGUAUUGGGUGUUUCUAGGCCAUCGGUAACUGUGAUGGCCCUUUCGGGCAUGAAUGGCAGCACCCUUUGGUCCAGCCACAUUCCAGAAGAGAUUCGGAGUGUGCAGUGUAAAGGACUGACUCUCGCAGCCCCAGCUGAGCCUGUCUGCCUUGUGACUGGAACAUCCAAAUUCCUCAGCCUUCUCCAUGCCUCCUCAGGGAAAACCAUCUGGACACUGAACCCAGCCCACCUGCCGAGUGGGACCCUGGCUGCACCAGCUGUCCUCUUGCCAGAUUUGGAUGGGGAUAAAGUUGGAGAUUUGGUAGUUCUGGCUAUCGGAGAGACCCAGCCAGACUUAUGCUUUAUCCUGGUAUCGGGCAUGACGGGAAAACCUCUGGGUGGGCCCGUGAAGUACAGCAUCAAUGGAGAAGGAAAACUGAUCGGUCCCCAAGCCCACACUACCAGUCGAGGAGCCAUCUAUAUCCUGUUUGGUUUUGGUAAUGUCCAGGCAGUCGCCCUGAGGGAUAUCUUUGCCCAAGCCAGAAACCGUGACAGCUUCCCUCCUAUUCUGCAGCAGGAGGAGUCAGAGUGGGAGAAGCGCAGAUCUGUCAACUUAUCGGAGCUCAUUGACAUUUACAGUGGGGGCGUUGAGUUCCUGCAGAUAGUGACAGCUUCAGAUACCAACUGCAGCGACCUCCUCAUCACCACAAAACACAGCCUGACUCUGCUGCGAGGAGAGGACCUGAAGCCCCGCUGGAAUCUGGAGCAGCAGGACAUUCACACCCAGCCUGCCCCUGGCUAUUUCAGUGCUGACCAAACCCUGGACUUCAUGGUGCAGGCUCAAAGCAGAGACAAUUUGAAAAAGAUGCUGGUAGUAGAUGGUAAAUCAGGCCUCUCUAUUUGGAGCUAUGAUCUCCCGUGUCACCUGCAGGAAUCUGAUGUACUGUCAGUGAUGACUUUGGAGAGGAAAUCUGUUUUUCUUUUCUGGGCUGAUGAAAUGCAGCCUGAAUUACAAAACUUGGAACCUGGCCUAAGAAUCAAGCGCCCAGGACUACACCACCUCUACCUCCUGCACCCUGCCUUUCCUACCCUCCUUUUGGACCUUACCAAUGUAACAGACACAGUGAUUGCUUCGGCCAUUGGAAUUAACGAUCUCCAAAAAGAUGCAUUUUACAUCACCAUGACAACAAGCUCUACUUCCGAAAACCAGCUGGGCCUCCUAGUGGUCAGCAAGCUGGGCCUGCGGUGGGCCAUGCUCACUCAGAGCCGAAUGGUGCCGCUGAUAGAGACCACACCAAAAAUCAGCCGUGGGGAAGUGAGGCGGUUCCUCUCCAGGCUGAAGUUUGUUGAUUUUCCUCACAAGUUCUAGCACAUUGGCCCCUCAGAUUUCAAUAGCUGUGGAUGUGUGGCCUGGGUGGGGUACGGAGAGCUGGUCGACGAUUCCUCAGGACAUCCUCAGUGCCCAGAGAGUGGGGAUUGAGCAUGCUUCCCAUCCCUCUGCUUGUGAUGGAACAGCAGGGACAAGUUUGCCAUUGCCAGAUACUGCCACUGGAAGCAAACCUGUGAGACCCCUUCCCCCACAUCCUGUCUGCAUGCUUCCUUCCAGGUAAGGUAGUGAUGAGAAGGCAGAGGAGGUAGAGCUGCAAAUAGAGACGUGUGUAUAUUUUUGUAUGUUUUAACUUAUGAACUGGUUCCAGGAAGCUCCCAUUUACAUCCAACCAGCAUUUCCUGCCAUUCUGCUGUAAUCUCUCUAUUUUUGUAGUAGAGUCUCUGCCUGGCUUAUCUAUGCCUGGGCUGGUCAUAGAGGCCCUGCCAGCUGUCCUACCUCUCUAUUUUACAGUCACCAGGGCACUCCCCUUUUCCAUGUCCUGUUCCCAAUCUCCUGAACCAUCCAGCCCUCGGGGACAUUGGCAGGUUGGGAAUAUGCUCCAGAGGAGGCAGGUUCCACAUCCCCACUCUUAACUCCAAGCCUGUCAGUUUCCCCUUCCAACUCAUUCCCCAUUCCUGGGUCAUACUUUCUCCUUGCUUUGUUUGCGGGCCCGUACUCCAUAGAAACAGCAGUACUCACAAUAUCACACCAUUUGUAUCCCUAAGCACUUAUUUUAACACAAAUGCACCAGAUCCUGAGGUAUAGGAAAGUGCAGCCACUCUGUGCUGUGCCUCUAGCAGAUUCUGGCCUGGAUAUGUGGCCCCGGGAACAUUUCACUACUGUGAAAUGGUUCCUUAGAUGGUGUCAAAUCCUUUCUCCGCCCCUCCGCCCCCGCUUCCUGCAUAGGAGAAGGGCCUGGAGGCCAGGGGUAGAGCCAGGAGACCCUUUUCUGAACUGAUCCUCAGCUGCAGUUUUGGUCCCUUGUGGCCAUUACCAGGUGGCAUAAGUUAAAAUAAUCCGAAGGCUGCUCAUGACAAUGGGGACAUGUGCUACUCACAGCUGCCACACAAUCAAGAGAGGGUUAAGGAGGGUUUUGUAUUACCGCUCGUCCCCCGUCUUCCUCCCAAUACAAAA